UGUGCCCGCAGCACACCUCUGUCCCUCUAGGAGACUGGGCUCUUAGGAGUGAACUGGGGAGGCUCAGAACAGCCUCUCCUGAGGCUGGUCUGAAGGAAUGUAGGGUGUUUUCUUGGAGCGGGGAAGACUUCAGGUAUGUGAUAGCUAUCCCCAGAUGUCCUUUUCUCCUUUUUCUUUUCUGUAACAGUGAUAGAUGUACCAUUUUACUUUAAGCGUACAGUUCUGCAAUGUUAAAUACAUUAACGUUGCUCAGCCAUCACCCCCAUCCAUCUCCAAAACUUUGUCAGUCUUCCCCACUUCAGUGGAAACUCUGUACCUGUGAAACAACUCCCUGCUCCCUUGCCUCCCAGGUCUGGCACACUGCCUCCUGCUGCCCCCAUUCCCCCACCCCCAUUCUACUUUCUGUCUCUGAAUUUGAUUCCUUUAGGAAUCUCAUAUGGGGAAACACAAACAAUAUCUGUUCCUUUGUGACUGGCUUGUUUCCCUUAGCAUGAUGCCUUCAAGGUUUGCUAUUGGCCAGAUCACAUAAGGGCAUAACAUAGAGGGUGGCCCUUACUCUCUUGUUCUGGGAGGCCUACUUGAAUUCGGUGACUGUAAGAGCUGCUCAGCAUGUGUGUCUCCCAACAGCCACGGGGGCUGUGCUCCAUCACCACAGUGUGCAGCUGGGCUUUUGUAGAAGAGGUGCCCAUGCCAGCGGAAGUCAGCUCUGCUCUAGAUGGUCUCAGAAGCUGCAUUUUGCCCUGAGAUUUUGGGAUUUGGGAGUGGGUUCUGUGUCGUGGAGCUUUGCCUCACCUUCCAGCUUGCAGCUGUAGGUGGGAGCCUCUUGCCCUUGGCCCCUGUGGUGGAUUCCCUUCUGCCUUCUUCCCAGAGGUGUGGAGUCUUGGAGUUGAUGGGAACUGUGGAUGCAAUCCAGUCUAGCUUCCCCACCAGCCAGUGAGGGCAGCCCCCUGAGACCCUGCCCACCCGUCCUUGCUUGUCACUGCUGGGGAUGAACCACCCCCCGAGAGCUGCCUCCAUUGUUCAGUAGGGGACAGAUGGCUGCCAUUGCCCUUCUUCUGUCAACCUCAGUAACACUGACCUUGUUUCCACUUAUGGUGAGGGGCCCUGCUUCCUAGCUACUCUCAUAAUAAUGUUCCUUUCUUGGCUCUUUGUACUCGUGAUUGGGGUAUUCCUGAUCGAGAGAGCUCUGGGUGUUGAUCCCUGUUUGGUAAAGCAGCCUGUGGGUGUGCUGACUGACUUGCCUGCCUUCUGUGUGUACCCCACCUUUGACCUUGGAAUAGCCCCCCUACUCCCCUUGUAAACCCUGAAUUCUAGCCACCAAGCAGCCGGCCCUGAGUUUUUUUAGGAGGGAGAUAAUUUUGCUCCCCAUGUCAUUUCUAAUACACCUCUUCAUAAGUGACCUUUUCCCUCUCUAGAAUGUUCAUGGCUCCAGUGGGUUUUCCUGUUUGCUUGUGUGUAUGUGAGUGUGUUUUUCUGUUGUUCUGAACAGCCAUGCUACCUUAAGCACCGUCUUACAAACUGCUGCACCAUCUGGCUAAAGUGCCUGAGGCCUAAGAGGUGCCUGGCUUGCUCCGCCACACCCCCAGCACCUCUGUCAGGCUUUGCUGAGUGAGUUAACUGAUCUCGAGGCCUAAUGAGCAUGUGGGUGCCAGAGAUGAGGUAACCUCUGGGCAGCUGAGGAUCAACCUGUUAGGUAGGACAGAGGAUGGUCAGAGGAGUAUCAUUAGCAGGGAGGCCAGAUUAACCCCACCUUCUUCCCUCACCUCUCCUGAAGGAUCUUUCCUAGAUGUGAAGGUCCUUCCCUGGGCACCACUGCAGUCAGACCAACAUCCAGUAGCUUAGGGACCCUGGUUCAUUCCAGCAUAGGCCCCUGUUUGAAGAAAGCCUGGCCCCUGCCCCCCCUGCUUCCCCGGCAAGUCUGCCAGGUGAGUCUGGGGCAGAGGGAGGGCACCCCCUGCAGGAGCUGGAAGAAGCUCUAGAUGCCCUGUUUCCUUCCCUCCUGCAGGUUUUCCCCCAUCGUGGCUCUUUGGUGAACUCAUGGUGUGAGUGGCACGUGAUUGGCUUAGGUGUUUGGAGAGUGAAUGCUAGGUCCCCCGCUCUGCUCACCCCUUCCAACCACUAGGACACGCCCAGUUCCACAAUGGCAGCAGAGACCCUCAACUUUGGGCCUGAGUGGCUGAGGGCCCUUUCCAGUGGUGGCAGUGUGGCCUCCCCACCCCCAUCCCCCGCCAUGCCCAAAUACAAGCUGGCUGACUAUCGCUACGGGCGAGAGGAGAUGCUGGCCCUCUAUGUCAAGGAGAACAAGGUUCCUGAUGAGCUGCAGGACAAGGAGUUUGCUGCGGUGCUGCAGGAGGAGCCACUGCAGCCCUUGGCACUGGAGCCUCUGACUGAGGAGGAGCAGAGAAACUUCUCCCUGUCAGUGAAUAGCGUGGCUGUGCUGAGGCUGAUGGGAAAAGGGGCUGGGCCCCCCCUAGGUGGCGCCUCCCGUGGCAGGGGCAGCACUCGGAGCCGAGGCCGCGGCCGCGGUGACAGUUGCUUUUACCAAAGAAGCAUUGAAGAAGGCGAUGGAGCCUUUGGCCGAAACCCCCGGGAGAUCCAGCGCAGCCAGAGUUGGGAUGACAGAGGCGAGAGGCGGUUUGAGAAGUCAGCCAGGAGGGAUGGAGGUAUGGAGAAUGCUCGAUCCGGGUUUGAGGAGGGAGGGUCUGGCCUGAGGAAGGAACACGCCCGCUCAGAUAGCGAGAACUGGCGUUCUCUCCGAGAGGAGCAAGAAGAGGAAGAAGAGGGCAGCUGGAGACUUGGGGCAGGACCCCGGCGAGAUGGCGACCGCUGGCGCUCAGCCAGCCCUGAUGGUGGUCCCCGCUCUGCUGGCUGGCGGGAACAUGGGGACCGACGUCGCAAGUUUGAAUUUGAUUUGCGAGGGGAUCGAGGAGGGUGUGGUGAAGAGGAGGGGCGGGGUGGAGGAGGCAGCUCUCACCUCCGGAGGUGCCGCGGGCCUGACAGCUUUGAUGAUGAGAAGGAUGGGCUCCCGGAGUGGUGUCUGGACGAUGAGGAUGAGGAAAUGGGCACCUUUGACGCCUCUGGGGCCUUCUUGCCCCUCAAGGUAUCUGAGGUGAAGGGCCCCAAGGAGCCCAUUCCUGAGGAGCAGGACCUCGACUUCCAGGGCCUAGAGGAAGAGGAGGAAGAGCCUCCAGAAAGGCUAGAUGAGGAGGGACCUGAGGCAGGGGGGAAGGAACUGACCCCACUGCCUCCCCAGGAGGAGAAGCCCAGCUCCCCGUCCCCACUGCCUACCUUGGGCCCACUCUGGGGAGCUAAUGGGGAAGGUGAUGAGGCUGUGGAGAAAGACCUGCCAGCAGCUGAAGGAGAUGAUAUGAGGGAAAUGCAACUGAGUCCUGGGGUGGGCUCUCCUCCUGGCCCACCUGGAGACCUGGAAGAUGAUGAAGGCUUGAAGCACCUGCAGCAGGAGGCAGAGAAACUGGUGGCCUCCCUGCAGGACAGCUCUCUGGAGGAAGAGCAGUUCACGGCUGCCAUUCAGGCACAGGGCCUGCGCCACUGUGCCGCUGUCACUGCCCUCCCCCUAAGCCACGGUGCCGCUCGGAAGUGGUUCUACAAGGACCCGCAGGGGGAGAUCCAAGGCCCUUUCACAACACAGGAGAUGGCAGAGUGGUUCCAGGCAGGCUAUUUCUCCAUGUCCCUGCUGGUGAAGCGGGGCUGUGAUGAGGGCUUCCAGCCGCUGGGUGAGGUGAUCAAGAUGUGGGGUCGUGUCCCCUUUGCGCCGGGGCCCUCACCACCCCCACUGCUGGGAAACAUGGACCAGGAGCGGCUGAAGAAGCAACAGGAGUUGGCGGCAGCGGCCUUGUACCAGCAGCUGCAGCACCAGCAGUUUCUUCAGCUGGUCAGCAGCCGGCAGCUCCCACAUUGUGCGCUCCGGGAAAAGGUGGCUCUGGGGGACCUGACGCCACCACAGCAGCAGCUCAGCGCAUUCCUGCAGCAGCUCCAAGCUCUCAAACCCCCCAGAGGUGGGGACCAGAACCUGCUCCCGACGAUGAACCGAUCCCUAUCGGUGCCAGAUUCAGGCUCCCUCUGGGACAUACAUACCUCAGCCUCAUCACAAUCAGGCGGUGAGGCCAGUCUUUGGGACAUACCAGUAAACUCUUCGACUCAGGGUCCAAUUCUAGAACAGCUCCAGCUGCAACAUAAAUUCCAAGAGCGCAGAGAAGUGGAGCUCAGGGUGAAGCGAGAGGAGGAGGAGCGCCAGCGCCGGGAGGAGAAGCGACGCCAACAGCAGCAGGAGGAGCAAAAGCGGAGGCAGGAGGAAGAGGAGCUGUUCCGGCGUAAGCAGGUGCGGCAGCAGGAGCUACUACUGAAGCUGCUACAGCAGCAACAGGCUGCCGCCGCGCCCCCUGCACCCAGCUCCCCGCCCCCGCUCUGGGCCGGUCUGGCCAAGCAGGGACUGUCCAUGAAGACGCUGCUGGAGCUGCAGUUGGAGGGUGAGCGGCAACUGCACAAGCAGCCCCCGCCUCGGGAGCCAUCGAGGGCCCAGUCCAACCACCGCGUGCAGCUUGGGGGCCUGGGCGCUGCCCCCCUGAACCAGUGGGUAGCUGAGGCUGGGCCACUGUGGGGCGGGCCGGACAAGAGUGGGGGCAGCAGCGGCAGCCUGGGGCUCUGGGAGGACACCCUCAAGAGCAGUGGGAGCCUGGCCCGCAGCCUGGGCCUGAAGAACAGCCGGAGCAGCCCCUCUCUCAGUGACUCGUACAGCCACCUCUCAGGUCGGCCUGUGCGCAAAAAGACAGAGGAGGAAGAGAAGCUGCUGAAGCUGCUACAGGGCAUCCCCCGGCCCCAGGAUGGCUUCACCCAGUGGUGUGAGCAGAUGCUACACACGCUGAGCACCACAGGCAGCCUGGAUGUGCCCAUGGCUGUAGCGAUCCUCAAGGAGGUGGAGUCCCCCUAUGAUGUCCAUGAUUAUAUCCGUUCCUGCCUGGGGGACACGCUCGAAGCCAAAGAAUUUGCCAAACAGUUCCUGGAGCGGAGGGCCAAGCAAAAAGCCAGCCAGCAGCGGCAGCAGGAGGCUUGGCUGAGCAGUGGCUCCCUGCAGACAGCCUUUCAGACCAACCACAGCACCAAACUCGGCCCUGGGGAGGGCAGUAAGGCCAAGAGGCGGGCAUUGAUGCUGCACUCAGACCCCAGCAUCCUGGGGUACUCCCUGCAUGGACCUUCUGGUGAGAUCGAGAGCAUGGAUGACUACUGACCAGCCCAUCCCACCAGGCCCCUGGGCUGUGGGCCAGGGGUGGCAGCAGCUUGGACCUUUGGGUCCCCAGCCUGCAGGCUCCCCAUGAGGAGCACAGGAGGAAGCAGGGGCAGGGUCCCCAGCACUUGUUACAAACCACACGAUGCACCUUAACUCACCCACCACGAGGCACUUUACAGAUGGGGGGAAGGGUUUUUUUGUUUUUCUUUUAUUUUAAAAAAAUUUUUAAAACAUUGAAGAAACCAUUAGGAAAGACAAAAAAACAGUUGUUGAAAGCUACACUCUGAUCACCGCCUUCCCCCUGUGGGGAUAGUGGAGGUGACAAUGGAAGGUCCGCUGUUUCCUUUUUUUUUUUAAGAAAAAGAAAAACAAUGAAAAAAAAGGUUAGGAGACUGAAAGAAAAAACACACUGUUAUUUUGGGGCAGUGGGGACUUGGGCCCCAUGGACCUGUCCUGUCUGGCCCCCAGGCUGCACUUACCCUCCCUACCCUGCAAGGUGGGCCAUUGGGGUAACUGGAAGCUGGGGUGCCAGCAGUUUGCACAGCGAGGCCUCCUCAGCCCCGCCGGCCGGACCCGCUGUGAACGGCUCCCUUGUUGCUGUGACUGGCACAGAUGUCCAGGGUGGGGGCCCAAGUAGCCCCUUGGCUUUGCUGCUUUGGGGGAAAGUUGCACAAAUGGGCCAGGCUGCCUCAGCUCCCUGGCUACCAUCCUCCGCUGGCUGAUGGAAUUGAUGGGAGAGGGCCGGCCAGUGCCAACCUCAUCUGGCCAUCAGGGCAGCAGAACUUCCACUCUGCCCUGGUGAGGGGCUUCCCCCGUCGCUGCCGUUUGGGGGUCGACCUAGGUGUGAAGCUGCAAGCCCCAGCCCCCUGCCUUGCCACAUGAAUGUAUUAUUCGGGCCACAAGCCCCUGCUGUACCCCCUACCUCAACCUUGAGGGAGGGUGGGGGUGGAGCAGUUCCUCCAGGCUGGAGAGAGGCACCACUUCAUGACUGUUCCUCCUGUGAAGGUGGGGAGGGGAGGGGCCCAGGAGGCCAAGGGAGGGGCUGGCUUGGGAAUUGGCAUUGCAGUGCAGGGGGUGUUAGAAGGAGCCCCCACCUGCAAGCCAGCUGUGUGGGAUGUGGACCACCUGGCUCUGCCCUGACCCCCUCCAUUGACCAUAUGGGGGAGGAGUGCAUGGCCUCUCCCUUCCCUGCUCCUUUGACUAGUUGGGUAAGGUGGGGGUCAAGAAUAGAAGUCUCUCCUGGGUCACGGGUAGGUUGUGCUUCUGUUGCUCACUCACUUUGCAAUCACCUACCUGGGUAUGUCUCCAUUUGUGUGUUUUUUUUAACAGCUCUGUCUUUUCAGUUUCUCAUCUAAUUUCUCCCAUGACCUCAUUGCUGAGAGCGCAGUAUUAGGGCAGGAUUCUGCCACUGCCUCCCCUCCAUGAAUGUAUUUAUCCUUCCUGCCCUGGGGACAUGGGGAGUGGCCCCCAUUUUCCCUUCUGUUCCUAGAGAGUUUUUUUUUUUUUUUGCACCAAAGUGGCAACUGGGUCAGUGUUGGGGGUAAAGCUGGCCUUCGGGGUGGAGGAGCUCCCUCCACCUGCUUCUCCCUGGUUUCAACAGUGUUAGCGUCCGUGAAAAGACAAUAUUUCUCUAAAGCAAUAAGGGGGUGAUGGGCCAGGGGGAGAUGUCUUGCUGCUGGCCCCCCAACUCCCCCUUUCCUCACGCCAGUGUGUGGUGGCAUCAGAGGCGUUGGGGGAGUGCUGUUGUGACUGAAUGUAACCCCCCCACCCCUGCCCCAGCCAAUGUAGGGGGGGAUGACACUUCCCUGUCUCUUCCUUCCCCUCCCUCCCCCCAAAGAGACUGAACUUGUGGGGGGGGUUUGAGCCUGGAGAGGCCUUAACCCUGUGAGGAAGUGUAGGGGGAGACCUCUCCCACCCCUAUCCCCUUCUGAGAGUGGUCAAUGUUUACAAGCCCCUGAGCUCCCCAGCCCAGGGACUCCACCCUGUCACUGUCUGUUGCAGCCCCAUCCAGCUUCCUGGGCCAUCUGCUCUUCUGCCCUUCCCAGGGCUGUGCUGGGUGCAGGGGUCAUCCUGUGUCCCCUUGUCUGCCUUGUACCUGCAGUCUCCCCCUACCCUGUGUGACUUCCCUUUUCUACCCACCCCUGUAAAUACUCCCCUAACCCCUAAUAAAACUUGGUGUGUGUUCUCCC